AUGGCUCACCUCAAGCAUCUUGGUACCCGGAUCCAAGAUCAGAUCUUCCCUACUGUUGCGCAUUAUGCGCCUCUUCUACGGGCCAAAGCAUCAACAAUCCGACUGACGCCUUGCUCCACAUUCUCUUAUGGUCCUACAGCACGUCAUCAACUGGACGUAUACACCCCAGCACAGGCCGGUCUCGUCAAUAACCGACGACCAGUCCUCGUAUUUUUCUAUGGUGGCGGCUUCGUCCAAGGACAUCGAACUCUACCCAUCCCGACACUUGAAGGACUCGUGCACGCCAACGUGGCUUCGUUCUUUGCUCGUCAUUUCGGCUACACGGUUGUGGUUCCAGACUACCGACUUUUGUCCCAUGGUGCCGCAUUCCCUUCAGGAGGCGAAGAUGUGGCAUUGACGGUGAAGUGGAUAAGCGAGAACAGAGAUAAAUUGGGAGGUGUCGAGAGUGAGACAAAGCAGGAUGUCGACCUGUUUGUAGUAGGCAACUCGGCUGGUGGCGUGCACGUCUCAACAUAUUUGUUUUGCAACCAGUUUAAGGAGAUGAGAGCGGAAGUGCUUGGCGAAGGGAGCACGGUACUCAGAGGAGUAGUAAUGCUUUCUGUACCAUUCUCAUACGAGGGUGUAGAGGAUGAGGCGAAUAGAGAGGUGCUGAAGAAGUACUUCGGAGAUGUGGAGCGCAAUUGUCCUUUAGCGCUCAUGAAGGAUGCGUUCGAAUCGCAGCAAGGCGAGCUCGACUUCGCCAAGAGCAAGACUGGGAUUCUGAUUCUCAACGCAGAGAUGGACCCUGAAAAUGAGUGCUUGCGUCCACGAGACAGAUUUGUCAAAGAAUGGUUGAGCCUUGGAGGUGCUGCGAGCAAGAACGCUCUCUUCACUGACACGAUGGCUGGGCAAAACCACAUAAGUCCGUUCUUAGCUUUGGGGACAGAGAUAGAGAGCGAGGAAGCGUGGGGCUACCAGGUCGCAAAAUUUUGCGAGGCAUCAAGAGGAUCGGACGUACGUGGCUAA